CCGUCUGCAUCCUGCUGAGCUCUCAGAGCGUCCUGCUUCUCCGACGGGGACGGGACGCCAUCUUGUUUGUUUUAGUGGAAGAGGAGGCGGAGGGGUACCGGGGAAAAAAAUAAUCCCCAAUCAACGGCAGCGACGGCACGGCCGGCAAAAGCAGAAACGCGCCAGACGGCUAACCGGCCUGACGCUUCCCCCACUUCCCCUUUCCCUUGUGGUGAGAAGGCAUCGAGACGAUGUUUUACGCCCACUUUGUCCUCAGCAAACGUGGGCCGCUGGCUAAAAUCUGGCUGGCGGCCCACUGGGACAAGAAGCUGACCAAGGCACAUGUUUUUGAGUGCAAUCUGGAGAGCAGCGUGGAGAGCAUCAUCUCACCCAAGGUAAAGAUGGCUUUACGGACUUCAGGGCAUCUGCUGCUGGGGGUGGUGCGAAUCUACCACAGGAAGGCCAAAUACCUGCUGGCAGACUGUAAUGAGGCCUUCAUCAAGAUCAAGAUGGCAUUUAGACCAGGUGUGGUGGAUCUUCCAGAGGAGAACAGAGAAGCAGCAUACAACGCUAUCACUCUGCCCGAGGAGUUUCACGAUUUUGACCAGCCACUGCCAGACUUAGAUGACAUUGAUGUGGCUCAGCAGUUCAACUUGAACCAGAGCAGAGUGGAGGAGAUCACCAUGAGAGAGGAGGUGGGCAACCUCAACCUGCUGCAGGACAAUGAUUUCGCUGACUUUGGGAUGGAUGACCGGGAAAUGAUGCGAGAGGAGAGCGCGUUUGAGGUGGACAUUAUGGGAGCAUCUGCUUCGAACUUGCUGCUGGAGGCUGAGGGUGGUGCUAACCAGAUGGCUGAUAAGUCCAACCAUUUGGAAUAUGAUGACCAGUACAAGGAUGACUUUGGAGACAACCCCAUGGAGAGCAAUGAGGGAGGCAUGCUGGUGGACAAGCUGCUGAGUAACGAGGAUGGAGGCGGCAUCUUUGAUGACCCUCCUGCCAUCACAGAGAGUGUGAUGAUGCCUCAGGACCACGGAGAUGAUGAUGAUGACUUUGAUGCUCUCUCAGCGGGAGCCCCAGAUAGUCCGGACUCAGGCCCAACAGAGCCCCUACCAGCUAUGACUGACCAGGCAGAGCAAACUACUCUGGUCCACAACGAGGAAGAAACCUUUGCCCUGGAGCCCAUCGACAUCACAGUGAAGGAGACCAAGGCAAAGCGUAAGAGGAAGCUGAUUGUAGACAGCGUGAAGGAGUUGGAUAGUAAAACUAUUCGUGCACAGCUUUCUGAUUACUCCGACAUUGUCACAACCCUGGAUCUGGCUCCGCCCACAAAGAAACUGAUGAUGUGGAAGGAGACGGGAGGAGUCGAGAAGCUUUUCUCCCUUCCAGCUCAACCUCUAUGGAACGCCAGACUGCUCAAGAUGUUUACAAGAUGCCUGACACCAUUAGUCCCAGACGAACUGAGGAAGAGGAGGAAAGGUGGAGAAGCCGACAGUCUGGAUGAGUUUCUCAAAGAUCUAGAGAACCCCGAAGUGCCAAGAGAGGAAACAACAGGCCACCAACAGAGAGACAUCAUGGACCAGACCAUCAUGGAAGAGGCCAGCGUGCUGCAGACUUCAGCUGUAGAGGGGAGCAGGACAACCCUGGAUGAGUCGGUCAUGCCACCUCCAUCCUCCCAACGAGGCCUGAAACGCAAGGCCCAGGACACAGAGCCAGCCCUCCCUAUGGGGGCCUUGGACCAACAGCAGCAGCAGCAGCAACAGCAACAGCAACAGCAGGGGUCCAGACCAUCUAAUGCACCCCAACAGCUCGAGGCAUCCACUGUGGAGGUACCCCCAGAGGAAACAACCACCACCAACAUCAGCCAGCUGAUAGAACUGGACCUGCUCACCGACAAGGACAAGAAGAAGAAUGAUGAUGACUCUGAUGAAGAGGAGGAGGAGGUGCAGGGAGGAGACCAGGACCAGGAGGAGAGGAGGUGGAACAAAAGAACCCAGCAGAUGCUUCAUGGUCUCCAGAGGGUGAUGGCUAAAACGGGUGCCCAGUCGGUCAGCCUGCUGGAUCUAUGCAGGAACAACAACAGGAAGCAGGCAGCCGCCAAGUUCUACAGCUUUCUGGUCUUGAAGAAGCAGCAGGCAGUGGAGCUCGUCCAGGAGGAGCCCUACAGUGACAUCAUCGCUACGCCGGGGCCUCGCUUCCACAUCGUCUAAAAAACCCCAUUCAUUUUAAUCUUUAAAAAAAAAAAAAAAAAACUGCUC